AUGGAUUUAAAUUCAGAUGAAUUCUUUUUUGGAAUAAAUAAGUCUUUGUAUUUUAAGACAGAAGAGUAAAAGAAUGAAAUAAAAAAAAUGGAUCCAGAGUAUAUAACUCGAACGUAUUUAAUAAUAAAAUGUUAAGUGGAACUGAUUUUGUAUUAUUACCAAAUUCACCUGAAUUCAUAAAUCACAAUGAACCAUUUGAACCAAUGUAUAUUCCAAAGUAAACAAUAUUGGAGGAAAGUUUAAGAAGAGAAAUAGAAAGGAUAUGUUUUGCAGAUACUUUAUUAAAUAAAGUGGUUUUUGAUUGUGCAGAUCCUAGUCCAUUUAAUAAGGUAUAAAUAGUUAAAUGUAUUAAUUAUAUAGGAUAGUGAUCCAAGUGUAUAUGGUUUAGAGGUUUUACCAUAUUAUAUACCUUAAACAAAAGAAGACUCAACUUUAGUAUUUGAAAGUAGAUUUGAAAGUGGGAAUUUAAGAAGAGCAAUUCAAAUGUAAGGAUAUAAAAAGUAUGAUAGAUGUGAUUAUGAAUACAAUUUGAUACUGAAACCAGAUUAUUAUACUACAAUGAAUACUUAAUGGUUUUAUUUCUCAUUAUCAAAUACAAGAAAGGAUGUUGAAUAUCGAUUCAAUAUAAUAAAUAUGAUGAAACCUGAUUCAUUAUAUAAUUCUGGUAUGAAACCAUUAAUGUAUUCUGAUUUAGGAGCAAAACAUAAAAGUAGUAAUUAAAAUAAAUAUAGAAAUUGGAUGGUUUAGAGAUGGACAUGAAAUAUGUUAUUAUUAAAACAAUAUGAAAAGAAAGAAUGGUGGGUUUUAUUACACUUUAACAUUUGCAGUUAAAUUCUAAUAUGAUUUUGAUUGUAUUUAUAUAGCACAUUGUUACCCUUAUACAUAUACACAUUUAUGUAGAUAUCUUAAAUAAUUGGAAUGUGAUCCAUCAAAGAAAAAUAGAGUUAAAAGAAAAUAAUUAUGUUAAACAAUAGCUGGAAAUACUUGUGAUUUUUUAAUUAUUGGUGAUUUUAAUAAUGGAAAAGAGAAAAAGGGAAUUGUAAUAACAUCUAGAGUUCAUCCAGGUGAAACUAUGGCUAGUUAUGUAAUGGAAUAUAUGAUAGAUUUUUUAACUGGAAAUACACAUGAAGCUAGAAUUCUAAGAGAGAAUUUUAUAUUUAAAAUAGUUCCUAUGCUUAAUAUAGAUGGAGUAGUAAAUGGAAAUUAUAGAUGUAAUUUAGCAGGUGUUGAUUUAAAUAGAUAAUGGAUUGAUCCUAAUAAAAAAUAACAUCCUACUAUUUAUCAUACUAAAUAAUUAGUUAAAAAAACAAAAGAAGAAAGAGAUUUAGUAUUAUUUUGUGAUAUUCAUGGUCAUUCAAGAAAAAAGAAUAUAUUUAUGUAUGGAUGUUAAGGAAAAGAUCCAAAUAGAAAAGAAUUAGUAUUUCCUAUGCUUAAUAGAAAUAAUUGUAGCGUAUUCUCAUUUAAAGAUUGCUGUUUCUUACUUUAAAAAGAUAGAGAAGGUUCUGCAAGAGUAAUAAUAUUAUUAUUAAAUAUAACAAGAUUGCUUUAUGGAGAGAACUUUCAAUAAUUAAUUGUUUUACAUUAGAAAUGUCAUUUUGUGGAGCUGAUUUUGGUAAAUAUGAAUAUUUUCAUUUUAAUUUGGAUAUCUAUAAAGAAAUUGCUUAAUCUUUUUGUUUAUCAAUAAUAGAUUGUUAUGAACCAGAAUAAAUAAAGGUUAAGUAAGUGAUGGAAGAGAUAGAAUAGAAUAGUUUAAAGAAUUAAUAAAAAGAUGAUAAGAAUAAUUCAGGAGAUGAAGGAUCAGAUUAUUCUAAUGAUGAUCCAAAAGAUUAAGCAAUGCCUUAAUAAAUUUAACUAUAACAAAAUGAUUAAUGUAAAAAUAAUAAAAAUAUAAAUAAAUAUAGAACUAGGUUCAUAGACUAAAAAACUUAAGAAAAUACCACUUCUACCUCCAAAGAAAAAAAAAGGUUAAUGAAUAUACAUU